GUUUCAAAAAUUGGUCAUUUCAACCCAAAAAAACCCUAAUUUCUCAAACCCCGAAUUUCCACACAACCAAAACCCCUAAUUUCUUCUUACAGCUCUAGAUUUCUGUGUACCUUUGGGUGAAUCCAGGGGAUGGAGGCGAUGGAUUAUUUCAACAGUCUCCCUGUAGAGAUAACAUUGGACAUUUUCAAGCGUCUGCCCGUUGAUACAGUUAAAGCAUGUAAAUUGGUUUCCAAAACAUGGAAGAAUCUCAUUCAUCAUCCAAAAUUCGUUGUGAUGCACUUCAUUCAUUUUUACGAUUCUUCAACAGAAAAUGUAACUGAGUUGGUUCACAAGUUCACUGGACUCCAAGCAAUUUCUAAAUAUGAAGUUGAGAAUUGGUAUAAGACAGAAGAAGCAUUUCAUAAUUUUAAGAACUUCUAUUUACAACUUAUUCUGGGAUUAGUGCAGAUGGCUGAGUCUUCGAUGCAUGCUGUUAAGGUAUUGAAGAACUAUGGUCUGGGCAUUACUGACUUGGGUGGAAGGUUUGAUUCAGAUAAAUCUAAAGAGAGUUGUCACUCUUGUCUUGUAGAGAGUCGGAGGCUGUUUAGGCAAAAUUGUAGGUUGUAUAAUGAGUUUCUAGUCUCAAAAGUAAAUGUUAGAGUUUAUGGUUGUGUACGACCAUGCACAGACCAAAAUCAGACAAUUAUAGAAUACAUUGGCAAGGAUGGGGAGCUUGUUAUUGCAGACCCUUCCGUACACACAGAUGAUGGUUACAUGUUGUUCAAGUUUAACAAGAGGAAGUAUUUUUAGAUACACAACCAGUGAUAAGAUCUAUUAUUGAUGGUUACAAUGUGUGCAUCUUCACUCUCGGUCAGUCUGGCUGGGAGAAGACUAAUAAGCAUGCACCCUGUUGAAUCAGUCUCGGAUGUCGUAAAAUUCAUGCAAAUUGGACUAGCAAAACAGGCAAGAGGUCUGACUGCUCUAAAUGAAAGAAGUAUUAGAUCGCACAGUAUUCUUACAGUUCAUGAAAGGUACAGACUUGGUUACAGAGGCCACACUGCAUGGUAGUCUCCACUUAGCAGAUUUUGCUAGAAGUGGAAGUGUUGACUGCUCUUAGGGAACUAGAGGCAGACUCCGGGAAGCACAAUAUAUAAGCAAAUCAUCAUCUGCCCUUGGCGAUGUUAUAUUUUCUCUGUCCCAAAAGAACGAUCAUGUACCUUAUGCAGAUAGCCAACUAACUCAAGUACUCCAGAGCUCUCUAGGUGGUCAGGCAAAGACUGUCAUGUUUGUGCAACUCAAUCCUGAUGUUGAUGCAUACUCUGAGACUCUAAGUACCUUAAACUUUGUUGAAAGGUUCUCUGGGGUUGAGGUGGGUUCUGCAGAGAAUUAACGAAUCAGGUAUAUCUCAUUCAGAUCUGUGCCAUUAUCUUCAUUUUAUGAUUCUUGAUUUGAGAAUGAUCAUGUGCAUGUGUCUCUGCCAAGAUGAGCCUAGCUCCUUAAAUUGAAGUUCUAGCUUUUUAACAAAGUCCCAAACAUAACCUUCGUCAUUAACAAUUUAACAUAGUGAUUCGUUCGUCAGUUGUCUUUUUGAUUAUACUGGGAUGUUCAGAUUUAAUGCAAGGAUCAGUAGGUCAUCUUUAGAUUAAUUAGGUUAAUGACAGCUGAUGGAGUUCUUCAUUGGAUCCUCAUUGUUUAAGUGUUUGUGAUUGGAGGGACACUUUGUUUAUUUUACUUUCGAGGCCUUUGUCACCAUAUGGGAGAAAAUAUGUUAUGUAGUGGCAGUGUUUGAAGAGUGGUAUAUUGGCAGGUAAUACUCUGGUUUUAUAUGAGAUUCAGGUAAAAUUGCUUGAAAAUGUGAGGAAAGAAUGUAGUAAAGGCAUCUUCUCCGACUAAAAACCUAAGUUAUUUGUUCUUUUUGUUUUUAUAUUUUACCUUUAAUCAACAUUUAAGUUAUCUGCUUUUCAUUUUAUGGAAAUGUUGUUUUGCUAACCCUACUUUUUGUCUACUCUAUCUUCGGUUGCAGUCUCACUGUGAUCCCACACAAGCAAAUUUUACUUUCUUUUCUUUUGCCAAAGAGGAGUCUCAGUUUUAUUUAUUACUACGUCUGUGCUUUUGUUUCUGGCAAGGAAACGAUUAGUCCAAGCAACAACGCUGAUGGAUUUAGGUUUGAUGCUAGGUGAACCUAGGCCGGAUGGAAGAUUGAUCAAUCAGCAGUUCUCAAGCUAACUCUUAGUAUUAGAUAACUUCCUUGCAUUUUCCUUUUUUUUUUGUCAGAUGUUUAGGAAAUUUAGCCGAGUUAGGAUGGGUUUUCAAGCAAUCUUUUGCAGGGUUCUUUUCCGUUGGUGAACAACUGAUGCAAUUUCACACUAAUGAUGUAUCGCCGUAUUAGCAACUAAACUCAUUCUUGGUUUAACUAAUGUUUACAGGCUAUGAAAAUGAUUUUAUUUU